AUGAGAAGCCCCUCUAAUGUCAAGGAAGUUCUGCAACUAACGGUUUUCUUAGCCGCCCUUUCUCGUUUUCUUAUUUGUGCAUGUGACAAGUGUUUCUACUAUUUCACCACACUAAAGAAGAAUGACAGGUUUGAGUGGACAGUCGAAUGUGGGCAGGAAUUCUCUAGGUUGAAGGCUUUCUUAGUGUUACCGCCUAUUUUGACGCCCCCAACAACAUGUUCUCUAUUAUAUCUAUACUUGUUUCUUAUUUGUCAAGUGUUAAGCUUACUACUAGUCCAGGAAAUAGAUAAGGUAGACAGGCUUGUCUAUUUCAUAAUCAAGGUGUUUAAGGGAUGCAGAGGUCCACUAUCAAAAGAUAGAAAGACUCACAUUUACAAUAGUGGAAACUACAAGAAAUCUAAGGACUAA